CUGAAUGAGAGAUGGACGUACGGUGCAUUCUCAAAACUUCGUCAUUUCAAUUCUGUUCAGGCAGUGGCAGCCGCAGGUGUGGCAUCAGAUCGAGCCUGCAUCAAAUCAAACGGCACGUUUCGAGCUUCACUCAGCGAGGAAGACGUGCUUGGUUGUUGUGCGGUCUGUGGCAACUGCUAUGGUGGCGAUCCACUAAAGGCGCUUGUCUUCUGGGUGAACGAGGGCAUCGUAACUGGUGGACGAGAUGGCUGCCGACCGUACUCAUUUGAUCGGUCCUGUGGUGUGCCCUGUUCUCCGGCCACUUUCUUCGCCGCUGAGAAAAAUCGGAUAUGUAUUCGACGAUGUCAGGAUAUUUACUAUCAGAACAAGUAUGACAGCGAUAAGCACUACGCAUCGCUAGCGUAUUCAAUGUACCCUCGAAGUAUGACUGUGACCAGCGAUGGCAGCGUCAGAGCGCAGGUUCCAACCAUAAUCGGUCAUCUGAACAAGACUUCGUCCACUCCUAUGGACCUUACUCAAAUUCGGAAUAUUCUGAAAAAGGAAAUCUCUUUAUUUGGCCCCACGACAAUGGCCUUUCCUGUAUCUGAAGAAUUUUUGCACUAUUCAUCAGGUAUCUUCCAACCAUACCCUCUAGAAGACUUCGACAAACGAAUCGUCUACUGGCACGUGGUUCGGUUAAUUGGAUGGGGUCAAGCCGAAGAUGGAUCUCACUACUGGACCGCCAUCAACAGCUUUGGGGAACACUGGGGAGACUCAGGUAGAAAUAUUAAGCUGUCAAAUUCAUACGAAUUAUUUGUAGUGUGA